AUGACCAAGGCAACCUGGCAAGAGAAAGCCGGUGCUAAGCGAGGGGAAGCGGCCACGAAGAUCCCUGUUGAAUGGCGAUUGCCGGCCGAGUUUUUGACACAAGACGAGACGGGCGAUGCCAACGUUUUAGAUAUACCUGAAAAGUGUGGUAUUCUCACCCCAGCGGAAAUAGAGAUCACUGAAAUUCAAGAUGCAACAACUCUACGAGAAAAACUUGCCGCGCAGGAGCUGAGUGCUCUUGAGGUAGCCACAGCGUUUUGCAAGCGUGCCGCUAUUGCUCAGCAGCUCACUUCCUGCCUCACUGAAACAAUGUUUCCCCAAGCCCUGGCGCGCGCGAAAGAACUUGAUGAGCAUAUCAAAGCGGCUGGCAAGCCAUAUGGACCUCUGCACGGGUUGCCCAUCAGUAUCAAGGACUCGCUAAACGUUCAAGGGGUUCAUUCGAGCUUGGGGAUAGUAUCGUUCUUGGACGACCCGCCUUCCAGCCAAAACUCGCCCCUGGUCGAUGUCCUCCUUGCAGCAGGGGCUGUACUAUACGUCAAGACCAAUGUUCCACAGACUAUGAUGACUGCAGAUUCGCACAACAACGUGUUUGGCCGCGUGCUCAACCCCUAUCGUGCAAGUCUCACGGCAGGUGGAAGCAGUGGCGGUGAAGGUGCUCUUGUCGCUAUGCGAGGGUCUAUCCUGGGAAUUGGAACCGAUAUCGCUGGAUCCAUUCGGAUUCCUGCCCUCUGUUGUGGCACCGUUGGAUUUAAGCCCAGCGUGGGUCGUGUACCCCCGACUGGGAAAAGUGCUGGUCGGCCUGGAAUGACGGGUAUCGCUGCCGUUGCGGGUCCUUUAUGUCACUCAGUCAGGGACGCCGAGAUGCUCCUUCGGGUUGUGUUUGAUGCUUCCAUGGAUGAUAUGGAUGACACUGCACUUGCGUAUCCCUGGGUUGAACCUGCGAAAAGAACGGGAGAGUUUUUGACCAUCGGAAUUCUCCCUGAAGAUCCUCAACAGCCUUUGCAUCCCAGCAUGCAACGCACCUUGGCGAUUGCUAUAGAAAAGUUGAAAGCUGCUGGGAAUCAAGUGGUGGAUCUUUCCGGACAAGUGCCCUUUAUUGCAGCAGCUUCAGACUUGGCUUUCGAUUUCUUCAGGGUUGACCCCGACCAGACUGUACUGAAACGUCUCAGUGAUAGUGGGGAGCCUGCCAUCCCAUCUCUUCGUUUCACUUACGACUUGGAAGGAAAGGGGCCUGAAACAACACUGCGUGAUUUCUUCAAUUUCAAUGCGAAAAAGGCUAAAAUAUCAAGCCAGAUGCGAGGUGUUUACCUUCAUAACAAGCUUGACUUGAUAAUUGCACCUGGCUUCCAGACCACAGCUGUCCCUCACGACACGUAUGGGGUUCCGAUAUAUACUGUUCUCGCCAACUUGGUAGAUUAUCCUGCUUGUGUUAUACCGUUCGGCAAGGCUGACGCAGCUGCCGAUGCGAAAUUUAUUCGCGAUGUCGAUUAUUAUCCAUUAUAUGAGCCCGAGCGAAUAGAGGGAGCUCCAUGUCACGUUCAGCUUAUUGGUCGUCGCCAGAAGGACGAACUUCUAGUUAGUCAUGCCCAGAUUGUGGAAAGUAUUCUGUCGAACUAUGAAAAUUAUUCCGACAAAAUCGGAGUAUGCUCGGCUUGUGGAUGUGCUGUGGGCGGCCAACUUCAACCCGUACAAACCGCUGCUUGCCACAUCAGCCCCGUUUUCACUGCUGUCCACCCAAUUAGUGGUCACACCCCCGAAGAUCGCGCCCGCGACAAAGAACUUGACACCGAGAUCCGCUGGAAUGCAAGCGAGAAAAAUCCAUUUUCGCACUUGAUUUACGUGAUAGAUAACGAAACAGGCGAAGUAGCGGGUGGCUGUGAAUGGUUCAUUUUCCGCGAAAAUCCAUUUCCGAAUGGACCCCAACCUAUCAAGUGCACUUGGUAUGCCGAAGGAACGGAGCGUGCCGAGUACGCCGAGCGCAUGCUCUCCCAAGCCUUUUUCCCAAGACAGUCCUGGUUCCAGCGCCCGCACGCGGGUGUCAACGCCAUGGGCGUCCACCCGAAGUAUAGACGUCGCGGUGUUGGUCGACUUCUUAUGGAGUGGGGUCAUGAGAGGAUCGAUCCAUUGGGCUACGAGAGCUUCAUCGAGGGUAGUCCCGUCGGACGUUGGCUGUAUGAGGAAUAUGGAUAUCGAAGAGUUAUGGGUCUGCACGUUGACUUUGACAAACCUAAUCCGAGUGACGAGUGGUCUAGAUUAGUCCAUGAA